GUGACGCGUUGUUGCCUCGUGACGCUGCAGCUGAGAGAGCAGGUAGGUGAGCAGGAGAAAUCACCCAAACACUGAAUUUAUCACUGAUUUUAACCUCUGCGUUCACCUGUCUCACCCUCCGUAUCAUCACCCCGAUUUUCUUGGUUGAACAUUGAGACACCACCUAUUCAAACAUGGACAUCCGAGGAGCAGUGGACGCUGCCGUCCCGACCAAUAUCAUCGCAGCUAAGGCUGCUGAGGUUCGCGCCAACAAGGUCAACUGGCAGUCCUAUUUGCAGGGUCAGAUGAUCUCUGGAGAAGACUGUGAGUUUAUCAAGAAGUUUGAAGUUGCCCACUCUGAGGAUAAGCAGGCCAUUCUGACCAAUGAAGGACAUCAGUGUGCAAAGACCUUCCUCAACCUCAUGGCCCAUAUAUCAAAGGAGCAAACGGUUCAAUACAUCUUGACCCUGAUUGAUGACACUCUACAGGAAAAUCAUCAGAGGGUCAACAUUUUCUUCGAUUAUGCCAAGAAGACCAAGAAUACAGCCUGGUCCUAUUUUCUCCCAAUGCUGAACCGCCAGGACCUCUUCACCGUCCAUAUGGCUGCAAGGAUCAUUGCCAAGCUCGCUGCCUGGGGGCGGGACCUGAUGGAGGGGAGUGAUCUGAACUACUACUUUAACUGGAUCAAGACUCAGCUUAGCUCCCAGAAGCUACAUGGUACAGGUGCAGAGACAGGAACAGGGACCAUCUCUCCCAAUGAAAGCUCUCAGUAUGUGCAGUGUGUGGCUGGUUGCCUGCAGCUGAUGCUGAGGGUGAACGAGUACAGGUUUGCCUGGGUUGAGGCGGAUGGUGUGAACUGCAUCACGGCCGUGCUGAGUAACAAGUGCGGCUUCCAGCUGCAGUACCAGAUGAUCUUCUGCGUUUGGCUCCUGGCUUUCAGCCCUCAGCUCUGUGAACAGCUGCGCCGCUACAACGUAGUGCCCGCCCUCUCCGACAUCCUCCAGGAGUCUGUCAAAGAGAAGGUCACCCGCAUCAUCCUCGCUGCAUUCAGGAACCUGCUGGAGAAGUCUGCGGAGAGGGAGACUCGUCAGGAGUACGCCUUGGCCAUGAUUCAGUGCAAAGUCCUGAAGCAGCUGGAGAAUCUGGACCAGCAGAAGUACGAUGAUGAAGACAUCACUGAUGACAUCAAAUUCCUCCUGGAGAGACUGGGAGAAAGCGUCCAGGACCUCAGCUCUUUUGAUGAGUACAGCUCUGAGCUGAAGUCCGGCAGGCUGGAGUGGAGUCCCGUGCACAAGUCGGAGAAGUUCUGGAGGGAGAACGCCGUCCGCCUGAAUGAGAAAAACUACGAACUGCUGAAGAUCCUGACCAGGCUGCUGGAGGUGUCUGAUGAUCCUCAGGUUAUUGCCGUGGCCGCUCAUGAUGUGGGAGAGUAUGUGAGACAUUACCCUCGUGGUAAGAGGGUGAUUGAACAGCUGGGUGGAAAGCAGCUGGUGAUGAACCACAUGCAUCAUGAGGACCAAUUGGUGCGCUACAAUGCGCUGCUGGCGGUGCAGAAGCUCAUGGUGCACAACUGGGAGUACCUGGGGAAGCAGCUGCAGUCCACGGAGCAGUCCACUCCAGCUGUGGCUGCCAGAAGCUGAACAGUGCGUUUGUGUCUGUGGAUGUUGUGUGAAUGCUAUUACUGCAGCAUUAUGAACGUGUGUGUGUGUGUGUGUGUGUGUGAGAAAUUCACAGAGGAUUAUUUGAUGCUCUAAAUUGUUCCACUGUGUUUGUGUCUGUAAUUCUCACCACAACUGGACUGAUGUUUCCUGAAUCUCCUGAAAGCCCUGAUCAGUAACUGCUGGAACAGCAGCCUGGCUGCUCUGGAAUGAUCUCAGAGAUGUGAUAAAUAUCUAAAUAUAAAUAUAUCUAAAUGUACUUUUUGUUGAGUCCUAAUAAACAUUCUUUUGUUGCAAUAUCAGCAGCUAGCUUUGCAUCAGCAGUAACUGCUCGUUUGGGGCUGUUUACUUUCUUUGUGUAAAAUUGCGUGUCUUGUUGUGAAAAGUUGUUUCCAAAGUAGAUGUUAUUCAAUGUUAUUUAUGUCCUACGUGCAAAAUAACUAGUGUGCAUUCCAAUAAAGAAUUCAUUUCAAA